UAGCAACACAUCACAGACAUUAAGUGAAGAGUACCAAACAGCACGGGUCACUGAGAAGACGCUGAAAAUGUCUGGCAUUGUACAAAAGCUUCAGCACAACCGAGACAAAUUGCAAGGCACCGGAACUCACGAUAAGGCAGUGCCAUACCUCAACCAGGACUAUGAGGCUUUGAAGCGAAGCUGCCUGGAAAGAGGACGCCUAUUUGAGGAUGAAAGCUUUGAGCCACUUCCAGCAUCCUUGGGCUUCAAUGAACUUGGACCCGGAUCCUAUAAAGUUCGAGGCAUCAAGUGGUUGAGACCCACGGAAAUUGUUUCUAAUCCCAAAUUUAUUCUGAGCGAUGCCACCAGGACUGACAUUUGUCAGGGAGCACUUGGUGACUGCUGGCUCCUGGCGGCUAUUGCGUCCUUGACACUCAACAAGCAGAUUUUGUCCCGUGUUGUUCCGCAUGACCAAAGUUUUGAUGAGGACUAUGCUGGAAUCUUCCAUUUUGAGUUCUGGCAGUUUGGUGACUGGGUGGACGUGGUGGUUGAUGACCGCUUACCCACCAGAGAUGGAGAACUGCUGUUUCUCCACUCAGAGGAUGGAUCUGAGUUUUGGAGUGCCCUGCUGGAGAAGGCCUACGCCAAGUUAAAUGGAUGCUACGAGGCUCUCUCAGGAGGAAGCACCACCGAAGGGUUCGAGGACUUCACUGGAGGCAUCGCUGAGAGCCAUGACCUAUCCAACCCCGAUCCUCACCUCUUUAAUAUCUUAAGGAAGGCCCUGGAAAGAGGCUCCCUUCUGGGAUGCUCCAUUGAUAUCACCAAUGCAGCCGACUCUGAAGCUAUUACGCAUCGCAAGCUGGUGAAGGGCCACGCCUACUCUGUGACAGCAGCUGAGCGGGUGGAGUACAGAGGAGGCAUGGAGGAGCUGAUCAGAAUCAGAAAUCCAUGGGGUCAGGUGGAGUGGAAUGGAGCCUGGAGUGACAACUCCUCUGAGUGGAGAUAUGUAAGCGAUGAUGACCGCCAGAGGCUGACUAACCGCCAGGAAGAUGGGGAAUUCUGGAUGUCAUUUUCUGACUUCCUGAGAGAAUAUUCUCGUAUAGAGAUCUGCAACCUCACACCCGAUGCCCUAACAUCAGAGUACAGGAAGUGGGCGGAGAUAGAGUUUGAAGAAACCUGGAGAACUGGAGUUUCUGCUGGUGGCUGCAGAAACUAUCCUGAAACCUUCUGGACGAAUCCUCAGUUUGUCAUAAAACUUGACCAAGUGGAUGAUGACCCCUAUGAUGGAGAAGACGGCUGCACAUUCAUCGUAGGAUUGAUGCAGAAGAACAAACGUCGCAAGAGAAACAUGGGGGAGGAUAUGGAGACCAUCGGCUUCCUCAUGUAUGAGCUGCCUGAGGAGGUGGGAGUGGAAAAAGCAGACAUUUGUUUCUCUGGAACACGCUAUCUAUGUUUAAAAUACUGCAUUGAUGUUACAUUUUCCCACCACAAUGUUUCGACAUAUUCUCAUGUGACUUUUCUAUGUGUCAUUUUCCAGUAUUAUGGCGCCACGCAAGUGCACCUGAAGAAAAAUUUCUUCUUGCGUAACCGCUCAGCAGCACGCUCUGAGACCUUCAUCAAUCUCCGAGAAGUGAGCAGCCGUCACCAUCUGCCUCCUGGGGAGUACCUCAUCAUUCCCUCCACAUUUGAGCCCAACAAGAAUGGAGACUUUUAUAUCCGGGUGUUCUCCGAGAAACCAGCGGAUUUUCAUGAAAUUGACGAUCUCGUUGAUUGCCAUGUUGAACAGAUUGACAUCGAUGAAGGCGAUAUUGAUGACAGGUUCAAGAGACUGUUUGGACAGCUGGCCGGACAUGAUGUGGAGAUUUCUGCAUUUGAGCUGCAGAGAAUCCUCAACAGAGUGGUUAAAAACCGAGGGGACAUCAAAACUGAUGGGUUCAGCUUGACCACGUGUCGCAACAUGGUCAACCUGCUUGACAAAGAUGGAAGCGGCAAACUAGGACUGGUGGAAUUUAAGAUUUUGUGGAGCAAGAUUGAAAAGUUUUUGGACAUUUACAAAGACAAAGAUGCAGACAAUAGUGGCUGCAUGAGCUCUUCUGAGAUGCGGUUAGCAGUAGAAGACGCUGGUUUCUCACUCAACAACCAGUUGCAUCAGAUAGUCGUUGCUCGCUACAGGGAACCAGAGUACUCCAUAGACUUUGACAACUUUGUGUGCUGCCUUAUCCGCUUGGAGUCACUUUUCCAUGCAUUCCAGUCCAUAGACAAUGGUUCUGGUGUUAUUGAGUUGACUUACUUGCAGUGGCUGGAAUUGUCCAUGUUAUAGAGGGGCUGCUUAUACUCUUUAAAAGAAGAAGAAAAGAACAAUCAUCACUUAAAUGGGGAGUUUGCAGUUUAAAAAAAACACAUGCAAAAUUUAGAUGUAGCCUUACUUUACUAUUAAAACCUCACAAGAGUACAUGUUCGCAGUUAUUGUGAAUUGUGACCGACAGAGUUUAGGUUUAGCCUACGGGGAGAGUUUCCCAUCAUUGAUGUGCAAAUAGAGUCCAUUUGUUGAAUUAUCAUUUCACUGCUUCUUGAUUUCAUUGUUCAUGGUUGUCACAACAAAUGAUUGACUUGUUGUUGGUUAAACUUUCCGUCAUUGGUUGUUCUUUGUCAGGUGCGGUGGUUUCUGAAAUAAGCUACAAAAUGGGGAGGAAUGUUUUAGUUUUUCAGAUCAUGUUACUAAAUAAUUAAUUACUCCCAGCUUUAUACUGACCGUUAACAAAUAUGACAAAUUAAAGUAUGAACAAGAUUUCUUUGAAUGCAAACUCCUCCCUUAAAUGAAUAUUUGCUCUGUUUUGAAUGCAGUUGGAUUUCUUUGGAUAUGGUGUGUUACUUAAUCUGUCAGUUAAGGGAAUGAUUGUUCUACAAAAUAAUCCAUCAUAAAUUCUGUUUGUUCAAUAAAGAUUUUUUGGGA